CCGACUGUUUGUCAAAUAUACGAAUAUAAACCGUAAACUGACGUCUCUUGCAUGGAACUGUUUCGCAUCGGAAGUUGCCUGAUUUUCCGUUUUACUUACUUUUAUUUUGAGUUAAUUGCCUAGAAUAGUUUUCACGAAUGGCGUUCGAGAGUUUAAGCAUGAAAAUGGAAACUCCCGAUCUACCGGACUCGCUGUCGGAGGAUAUAAUGCAAAAAUUCGAAAGCGGAAAUGAUUUGGAAAUGAUGUCAAAUAAUGAAAUAUUUUCACAACACAACAUGUUCAUGGGCGACCAUGACGAGGAGAGCGAACCGGACGAUGUUAUUAUUGUGCACAUGGACAUCCGGGAGCCACUCAAGAAGUUAAGGACACUUUUGGAACAAAAAAUUGGCGUGGAUCUCAAAAAAUAUGAGUUUUGGCUUCAAGAUGCACAGAUGCUUGAACCCCAGAAAAAUCUGGUGGACCAGUGUGUAAAAGGUGAAGGCCUGGUGCAGAUCAAUGCUCAAAUCCAAACAAUCGGGGAACGUAUAAAUAUUGUGGAUGUCUUAAAACCAACUGAAGCAGCAUUAGCUGCUCUAGAAAUGAACAAAGAUUCAGAUGGGAGGUUUGAAACCGAUAACGAUGACACGGCUACAGGUUAUGACGAAAGUACAAAUUCAAAAGCGGAAUCAGUGGAAUCCGAAAGUGAUAAAGAUGACCAUGUCAUAAAUUGGGUUCUGGACAAUAAGUUCAAAAAGGAUCAAGCCAGAUUGAAAAUCCCCGACGAUCCAGUGGAAUGGACUUCUGCCCAGGUGAAACAUUGGUUGCAGUGGGCAGUGCGACAAUUUAAUUUGACACAAAUCAAAUUGAACGAUUGGAACAUAACAGGAGAGGAAUUAUGUUCGAUGACAUUAGACGAAUUUCAAAAGAAAGUGCCUAACGAUCCCGGUAAUGUUUUCUGGACUCACUUGGAGUUGUUGCGCAAAUAUAAAUUUGUUGCUAUUAUUCAAAAAUUCGUGGAAGGAGAUGAAAACAAAUUGAAUGCCAUGGCCAAAGCCAUUCUUAAGAAGAAUCCACGUGCGAUUAGAAAACCGAAUCAAACAUUCAAGCCUGAAGUUACAGUCGGCACCUUCAAUGGACACGAAUCGGUCGGUAAUCGAACCGGUAACAAUGGACAAAUUCAACUGUGGCAAUUUCUCCUAGACAUAUUAACGGACCGAGAACAUAAAUCAAUAAUUCAGUGGCAAGGAAGCGAGGGCGAGUUCAAACUAACAGAUCCGGAACGCGUGGCACAACUUUGGGGCAUAAGAAAAAACAAACCCGCAAUGAAUUAUGAAAAACUAUCAAGGGCGUUGCGGUACUAUUAUGAUGGUGAUAUGAUUUCUAAAGUGCAUGGGAAAAGAUUUGUUUAUAAGUUUGUAUGCGAUUUGAAGCAGCUCAUUGGUUAUGACGCUCAAGAGCUCGCAAGUUUGGUUAAUGAGUGUGAACCAAACCCGCAUUACGAUAAUUAUUUUGCAUCUUGAUUAGAGUUUAGAAUACAUAUUGGCUUAUCGGUUAGCAUAGUGAUAUUAUAUAAAAUAUUGUUUUUAUUUUACUUUACAUAUUUUACAAAGUGAAUAAAGAAAAAAAGCAUAUUUUUUGUAAUUUAUAAUA